AUGGCCUCCAUUGUCUUUUGCUCUGUAAACAAAACGGCUCGAACCGCGGCGAGGCGAUGUUUGGGUUCUCAUUUAAAGGGGCUCGCUAGUGCAGGAGAGUCUUAUUCGCCGCUAUCCUCCACUCACAGCCGGUCGCUGACUUUGCUUCCGGGGACGAGAUGGUUUUCCAGGGGAUCCAGCGUGCGGUUCAUGUCCCAUGGGACCGCAGGCAGAUCCGGAGCCGGGCGAACCAGAAGGGGAGCCCUGGCGCUCGGUGGAGCCGCGGCGGUAGCGGCAGCAGCGGCGGUAGCGGGGCUUUUAGCCAACGCUAACCACUUCCAGCGUGCCGAAAUGGCAACGAAAAUAUCCCAAGCCGUCGAGAAGGAAGAGGAAGAGCGGGAUAUCUUGGAGAGAUGCCGGGGGUUCAUGUCUGCUCCGGUGACCGACAUCGGUGUGCUGCAGGAGAGGAAAGGGGAGAUGAGUACGAGGAUGGAGAUGUUGAUCAUGGAGACGCAGGCCGAGUUCUGCAAAGCCCUUCAGCAGGCGGACGGUGGGACGUUCAAGGUGGACCAGUGGCAGAGGAAGGAAGGUGGCGGAGGGAUCAGCUGUGUGAUGCAAGACGGGAAGGUGUUUGAGAAGGCAGGGGUCAAUGUGUCAGUGGUGUCCGGAUACCUGACCGAGGAGGCCGCCAAGCAGAUGAAGAGCAGAGGGAAGGUCCUCAAAGGGAAAGAUGGUAAGCUGCCAUUUUGUGCCAUGGGUGUGAGCUCUGUUAUCCACCCCAAGAACCCCCACAUCCCCACAGUGCACUUCAACUACAGAUACUUUGAGAUCGAAGAGGAAGAUGGCUCUAAGCAGUGGUGGUUUGGCGGAGGCACAGACCUGACUCCAGUUUAUAUUAAUAAAGAAGAUGCCUUUCACUUCCACAACACCCUGAAGGAGGCCUGCGACAAGCACCACCCGCAGUACUACCCCGACUUCAAGAAAUGGUGUGAUAGAUACUUCUACAUCCGCCACAGAGGAGAGACUCGGGGUAUAGGCGGGAUCUUCUUCGACGACCUGGACUCCCCGAGCCAGGAGGAGGUUUUCAACUUCGUCAAGAGCUGCGCCCGCACUGUGGUGCCGUGUUACCUGCCCAUCGUAUAUAAACACCUGAACGACUCCUUUACCGAUGAGGAGAAGGACUGGCAGCAGGUACGACGAGGAAGAUAUGUGGAGUUCAACCUGGUGUAUGACAGGGGAGUGAAGUUCGGCUUGGCCACGCCUGGCUCCAGAAUUGAGAGCAUUCUCAUGUCCCUCCCCCUCACUGCCAAGUGGGAGUACAUGCACGAGCCUGCCAAAGGUACCCAGGAGGCCGAAAUGCUGGAGGUAUUAAGAAACCCCAAGGAGUGGGUGUGACCGGUGUUUACAGGUUUAUAUGUCGAUAUGGACAAAAUAUCCAGGAAUUCGUCUUUGUUGUAUUUUACAAUGCUGUGACCUGUUUGAUUAGAUCAUCAGCAGUUAACACUGUCUUUACCAAAAUAAUAUGAAGUGGCAAUACUUCUCUGAAGAGGUUUUUAAUCUGCCUUGGUAAUUUUGCUACGUUUUGUCAAAUCCACUUUCAUAGCACUUAAUCGCACUGGGGAUCGCAUUACUACUCAGAAUAAGACAUUGUGUUUUUAAACUUGGGCUUUGUGCUAUUGCUUACUACCUGGAAAGGUAAAGGGAGACCAAAUAGUGUAAUAUUACAGGUGGCCAUUGUACCAGCUUUUAGGUCAUCUCACACCGAUGAUGUGCUCACUUUAAGAAGUGUUUGUGUCAAACACUAGCUGUGUUUUUUUUUUUUUUUCUGUGCCUGAGCUAAAUGUGGCUUGCUCUACUUGAAGUUGUCACAGCUUUAGUCUCCUCUGCUCUUCUUUAACAAAGCACUGAAAGGGAAAAUAGGGACAAGCUGAGCCACUGUAUGUGUGGUAUGCCACCACUAUCAGAUGUUAAUAAAUCUGUUUGGUUUUUUGUAUGUUUCAGUGCAUCUGCUGCCAACAAAGGGUUAUUUUUGACUAUCAAAGCUCAAUAAUAAUAAUAAUGGACUGACCUCUCUUGAGCCCUGUUUAUGUUGUGGUUGGUUAAUGAGUCACUUACCGGUUUGUUUGAACAGCAGGAACAAUACAGGGAUUUUGGAUUAUGUUUCACAGAGAGGAUAAAUAUGAAUUACAGGCCAGGUGGCUCAUUGAAGGAAGAAGUGUUUGUAAAUCAAAAUGCCAUUUGGAAUGUAAAAAUAAUAUAUAGCUAACAAUUGUAAUAAAUUGUUCCAA